AAAGAUGUCAAAGCACAUUUGGUCAGCCAUUUUCAACAUUUUGCAAAGUUCGUUUUCCCAUAUUUUCUUUCGUCUUCUUUCAGCUGAAAGUGAUGCCAAAAAAGAUAUUGUGUUCCUUCUUGAUGGCUCAGAUGGCACAAGGAAUGGUUUCCCUGCCAUGCGUGAUUUUGUUGAAAGAGUGGUAAAGAAACUCAAUGUGGGACCAAACAGAGAUCGUGUCUCUGUGGUCCAGUACAGCAGAGAUGCAGAGGUCCAGUUCUAUCUGAACACGUACACCUCAAGAGAUGCUAUUGGGGAUGCAGUCAGAGGGCUCAGACACAGAGGAGGCAGACCUCUCAAUACAGGGUCUGCCCUCCAAUACGUCAGAGACAACAUCUUUACAAACUCCUCUGGUAGUAGGCACCAACAAGGUGUUCCACAAAUCUUAAUCCUGCUAAAUGGCGGAAGGUCUUCUGACAGCAUUGACAUCCCAGCAUCCGCUCUCAAACAGCGGGGCAUCUUUACAAUCACCAUUGGAACACAGAGCUCUGACAACAACGAACUCCAGAAGAUUUCUUAUGGUCCGAGCUAUUCUCUGUCCGUGCCUGAGCUCACUGACCUUCCCAAUGUCCAAGAUCAGCUUUCCUCUGUAAUGAGCAGAGUCUUAAGGGCAGUGCCCGGGACACCCACAGUGACUGGUAAGCCACACAAACAUCCCAAACACGUGGCAGCAUGACAAGUUGGCUGGUAU